CAGGCCGAUGCCCGUGUACACCACCAAGAGGGUGUCCGUGCUGGCGCCGCACAUCCCGGCUGAGCCUCCCAGCAGGACGCCUGACACGACACAGCUGUCCCCGUCGGCUGCUCCUCUCGGGAGACCUGCGGCGAGCACCUUCCCGCCUGCUGGCCGACAGGAUGCCCAGCAAGUGGGGACCCCAGCCCUGCCUGCCCCGCCUGCCCCGGCACACCAACGCUCUGCCCAGGAUCCAGGCCUCGGUGUCCAGCCGAGACAACACCGGCCCCGAUGUGCCUCCCUGGAAGCUUCCAGGGCUGUCUCCAAGGCGUGUGGCAUUGGCCACGCCCAGGCACCAGCCAAGCGUCCUGAGGUGAGCCCUGAUCCUCCUCCAACCCGUUUGGCUCCGAGUCCCCAGCCCCACAUCCAGACACCAGGCAAGAGAUGGGCCCCGCUCCCCGAUGACACGUGCCAGAACCCCCAAAAGAAACCACGUUGCAGCCCCUUCCAGCCACCCCACAAGAGCACAGGGAGCACCCAUGUGGGGCUGCGCCAGAGUCCGUGUCGUCCAGCAAGGAGAAGUGCAUGUGGUCCCACGGGGGCAGCCCAGCUGACCAGGAAGACACCUGCCUCGGUGCAAAGCAGGGGCCUCCAGCCUCCAUGCCCCCAACCUCACCUGGACACUCUCCAGGCGUGCACCUUGCCCCCGUGUCCGCCCUGUCCGCAGGCACCCGGCCAGCCCCUGCGAAUGAUCUUCAGCCGCCUGGACAAAGGCGGCUGGAGCUCCAGGUUCAUAGCAGCUCCCUGUCUGCCACCUCCCGAGAGGCCAGUCCCCCCUGGCCAGGGCCCGCCCGUCACACACCAGUCUGAGGGAGGCUGUGUGCCUGUCUCCCGGAGCAUCCUCCACGAUGACCUGCAGCUUUCCUCGUCCUCGGAGGAGAGCGACCGGCAGUGAGACACCUCAUGUCCUCGGACACUCGUCCUCUGGCUCUUGUGACCCCGAGCAGAUUCUAUGAGAAAUCCAGCGCCAGGAGAGCAAGAGGUCGUCCACUCGAAUGUAAAGUUAAGGAUCUGUGAAAUGAACGUGUAGUGGGUUUGCGAAUGUCUGAAUGUGGGGGCGCCGGAGGAAUGAUUCCGGUCCGGGCUGGGCAAGUGGAGGCAAUCUUUUGUUUUAGAACAGUUCACUGAUACCGUUUUUGUGCAGAUCAUAUCGGGGAAUAUUUUACAUGCUGUCUGCGUUUUUGUUUUUCCCUGAUAGUGCAACGUUGUGUGUAGUGUUACCACAGCUAAUAAAAUUUGCUCAGACACGA